GGGUCAAAGUUGAAAGUUCAAAAUAACGAUCGUAUUCCCUCCGUUCGCGAGAAUGGCUAAACAUCAUCCAGAUUUGAUAUUUUGUAGAAAACAAGCUGGUGUUGCUAUUGGAAGAUUGUGCGAGAAAUGUGAUGGAAAGUGUGUGAUCUGUGACUCGUAUGUGAGGCCUUGCACACUGGUGCGCAUCUGUGACGAGUGCAACUACGGGUCGUACCAGGGGCGCUGUGUCAUAUGUGGAGGACCCGGGGUGUCUGACGCUUACUACUGCAAAGAGUGCACCAUCCAGGAGAAAGACGUUAGUCACCUGCUCUCUCUCUCUCAUAAAAGCGAGAUGGAUGCCCCAAGAUUGUGAACUUGGGCAGUUCAAAGACUGACCUUUUCUAUGAACGGAAGAAGUAUGGCUUCAAGAAGAGGUGAAGACAGGCCUGUCCAACGAGUGCUUUGCUUCUGUUUUUUUGUAUGAACGUUUUUACCUUUGUGUGUGAACAUGUUUUGACAAUACAAUAAAGCUUUAUUUUACAUUAUU